GAGAGAUACUUCCUCUGUAUAUAAACACCUGUUUUUAAAACUGUAUAACACAAUAGUGUCUUUGGAAAACGGUUUCAUAUAACAUAAAGACAAUAGCGAAUGUGACUAUGUAUUUAUUUAUCCGUUAAUGUAUUUAAGACCUGUUUCGUGAACGUGUGGCUGUGACCGUCCUGUCAUCACUGUUUGAUAUCUUUUACUGCAGGGGUUAUGUAAAGUUGGUUACACCAGCAGCACAGUUAGUCACCGACGCUCUGGACAACAUGAAAACAGCCUAACCAGCUCUGCAAGGGUCAUUUCACAGGUCCAAUGGCAGCCAUGGUGAAGUCUGAGAGCGAUAUUUAUCCAGAAACGAAACACUGUCACUCAUUCUCCUUCAGUUUCCAAACUCAUAAAAUAACCAAAGAGGAAAUCACCUGCACCAAACCUGGAACAAUAUUGAGAGCACUUGAAACUAAUGACACAUUCAAGGGGUUAAACCAAAUGGACAAGAAGACACUGAAAGGGAAAGACAUUGUCAUCAAGAGUUGUAAGGGGUACAUAGUGAAGCACUUUCCAUGUUGGCUGAUCGAAGAGGAUGACCUUCUCACUAUUGAGAUGGUCACACAUGCCACAGAUGAAACUGCAGGGGACACGGAUGAGGAAACAGACAAUUAUGUCACUUUCUCUGUUGAGACAAGAGCAGGGAAAAACAGCAAAUCAAAAACAAUACUUAGAAACAUACAACUUGAGUCCUACGGACCUCUAUGUGUCUAUGCAAAACAGAAGGAGGAAGUGAAGCAGGCUCUACGAAAUGAUGGACGCUUCUCUGACAUUGUGUUUGAACAGAAAUGUCAGCUCUCUGAGCGAAUCAAAGGAAGCAAGGUUUCAAUGGGGCAAAUAGCAAAAAAACUUAACGGUCGAGACUUUGAAAUCUGUCUGACAAAAUUUAAGAAAACGGCAACUAAGAUGGAAACAUCUGACUCCAGAAUAAAAACAAAAAACGUAAACUCUGAAGGAGACGCCACACAAACAUCUCUGUUCGACCCAAGCCCUGACUCUGAAGGAGACGGCACACAGACGUCUCCAUCGACGCUAACAACUAAAACAUCAGAUGUAGGGGAGUCCUCUUCGAGAAGAAAGCAGAAACGGAAAUGCAAUCCCAUUCCAGACCAUGGUGAAAUAUUGAAGAUCCUUCGCAACCAGUUUGAUGAUCUGGUGAAGCAGAUGGAAAGUAGGAGGGAGGACAGACAAAAGAAGACAUUUCCUGAAGAGUUGGAACUCAUGAAGCAGGAAUUCGGGAAAAUCAGACAAAAGUUCUCAGAGGUUCACAGAGUGAAGAAAUUGAUUGAACUUGGUGCCUCCGUUUGUCAGGUGAUUGUUGACGGUGUUCAGGGUGUUCAGGGAACAGGCUUUGUGCUGUUUGACAACUUCGUCCUAACAAAUGCACAUUUGUUUGGUGACAAUGUAAGACAUAACAUGCAGCUGUUAGUCGAUGUAUCUGUGAAGUUCAACUAUGAAAAUCCAAAUGGAUCCGAUGUGAACGUAUUCAAAGCCAAAACCCUGCUGAUCGACUUUCAAUAUGAAGAUAAGGGAAAACAUUAUAUAGACUAUGCCAUACUGGAGAUGGAUCCUCAGAAUAAGAAGCAACAGAAGAAGGUUCCUCCUGGUCUCCUCCGUGAAUAUGGCCCAGUUCCAGCAUGCGGUGGGGCCUGCCUCAUUGGACACCCAGGUGGACUGGUGAAACAAAUGGAACCCACCUCCAUCAUUGGCAGUGAGAUAAGAGAGGAGGCUGCGAAUAAAUAUAAACGGGAAAAUGGACAUGCAAUCUUCACAAUAAAUGAUGCCGUUGAAAAACAGAAAAAGCGCUACGAGGAAGUGAUGCAGGAGAACAAGGACGACUUUGUGACCUAUAACACCUCCUUCUUCCAUGGAUCUUCUGGCUCUCCAGUCUUCGAUGACCUUGGUCGAGUGUUUGGCAUGCAUACUGGUGGCUUUGACUAUGAGGAUAAACUCACUCAGAGCACUCAGAGUGUGAUAGAGUACGCCCUCCCUCUGCUCACCAUAUUACAGAACUUUGUCAUCCGUUUGGAGGAGGACAACAAUCAGGCAGUUUUGAAAAGAGUUCAGGAAGAGGCACAGAAAAACGUCUUCCUGAUUGAGGCUCUUUUCAAGACCGAUGAGCCUAUGGAUAUGUCGUAGGAGAUUUUUGCAAAUACAGCUAAUACAAUGCCACCCAGUGGUUGUCCUGGGAACAACGCAACAAUGCCACCCAGUGGUUGUCCUGGGAACAAUGCCACCCAGUGGUUGUCCUGGGAACAACACAACAAUGCCACCCAGUGGUUGUCCUGGGAACAACACAACAAUGCCACCCAGUGGUUGUCCUGGGAACAACACAACAAUGCCACCCAGUGGUUGUCUUGGGAACAACACAACAAUGUCUAUUAAGAAUUCAGAGGGAGGCUGCAAAUACUGUAAUGUCAGUAUUCAUGUUCAACCAUUCCACUAGUGCCUUUCAGGGUAUUGAUAAUAUUACUUGUCCUAGGUCAAAGGUACUUUUAUUUUUUUUAUAUAUAAUUUGUAUUGUGUUAUCUCAUGCACCUUUGUUUUCUGUAAUUCUCAUCACUGGUUCCUUACAAUGUACUCUGCAUUUAUGUGAAGUAUGGUUUCCUUUGAAAAACAGACUUUGGCCAUAGUGGGCCUUCCCUGCAAAAAUAAACAUUUAAUAGAUUAAGACAUCUACCUAGAUCAGAUUGCAACUAUCUAAAUAUUGUUUUAUUGUGUUCUACAUUUUGAUUACUUGUCUUUUGCUUUAACUUGUCUCAAAAUAUCAUGUUGAAUAGAGUCAUGUUGAAUAGAAUAGAGUCGUGUUGAAUAGAGUCGUGUUGAAUAGAAUAGAGUCGUGUUGAAUAGAGUCAUGUUGAAUAGAAUAGAGUCAAUAGAGUCGUGUUGAAUAGUCGUGUUGAGUAGAGUCAAUAGAGUCGUGUUGAAUAGAGUCAAUAGAGUUGUGUUGAGUAGAGUCAAUAGAGUCGUGUUGAAUAGAGUCAAUAGAGUCGUGUUGAAUAGAGUCAAUAGAGUCGUGUUGAAUAGUCGUGAUGAGUAGAGUCGUGUUGAAUAGAGUCAAUAGAGUCGUGUUGAGUAGAGUCAAUAGAGUCGUGUUGAAUAGAGUCGUGUUGAGUAGAGUCAAUAGUCGUGUUGAAUAGAGUCAAUAGAGUUGUGUUGAGUAGAGUCAAUAGAGUCGUGUUGAAUAGAGUCAAUAGAGUCGUGUUGAAUAGUCGUGAUGAGUAGAGUCGUGUUGAAUAGAGUCAAUAGAGUCGUGUUGAAUAGUCAAUAGAGUCGUGUUGAAUAGUCAAUAGAGUCGUGUUGAAUAGUCAAUAGAGUCGUGUUGAAUAGAGUCAAUAGAGUCGUGUUGAAUAGAGUCAAUAGAGUCGUGUUGAAUAGAGUCAAUAGAGUCGUGUUGAAUAGAGUCAAUAGAGUCGUGUUCAAUAGAGUCAUGUUGAAUAGAGUCGUGAUGAAUAGAGUCAUGUUGAAUAGAGUCAAUAGAGUCAUGUUGAAUAGAGUCAUGUUGAAUAGAGUCAUGGCUCACUACUUUUGUACUCUUCUGAGACGGUGACUUCCCAGUGACUUCAGGUCCUUUGUAGCUCAGUUGGUAGAGGAUGGUUAGAUUCCUAGGACCACCCAUACUUACAAAACAAUAUUUUAUGCAGUGUAACUGUAAGUCUCUUUGGAUAAAAGCGUCUGCUAAAUGGCAUAUUAUAUUACUUCAUGGAUCCAUAGUUUUGCUUUCUUGGUUUGACAUGUAAAGGUUAAUAAUGAAUACAAUGUGGUAACUGUGAUUACAUUGGAAUACUGUAUGUAUCAUUUAGACAUUGUUACAACUCAUGAAAUGAAAACGAUCAUGCAUAAAACUAGUGACAGACUAAUCAAUAAAUGUGUUGACAAUUACA